AUGGAAGCUGGAACGUUGUGCUGCCCAAGACAAAGGCAAGUCCUAUUUCUUUUUCUGUUUGGGGGAGUAUCCUUGGCAGGUUCUGGGUUUGGACGAUAUUCGGUAACAGAGGAAACAGAGAGAGGAUCAUUUGUUGCCAAUCUGGCAAAAGAUCUGGGGCUAGGGGACCAGGAGUUGGUUGCAAGGGGAGCCCGGGUGGUCUCCGAUGACAACAAACAACACCUGCUCCUGGAUUCUCAGACUGGAGAUUUGCUUACGAAUGAGAAACUGGACCGAGAGAAACUGUGUGGCCUCACGGAGCCCUGCAUGCUAUAUUUCCAAAUUUUAAUGGAUAAGCCCUUUCAGAUUUACCGGGCUGAACUGAGGGUCAGGGAUAUAAAUGAUCAUUCACCAAUGUUUCGGGACCAAGAGACAGUCUUAAAAAUAUUAGAAAGUACAGCUGAAGGGACAGCAUUUCGACUAGAAAGAGCAGAAGAUGCAGAUGGAGGACUUAACGGUAUCCAAAGCUACACCAUCAACCUGAACCCUUUUUUCCAUAUUAAAAUUAGUGACAGUGAUGAAGGCAUGAUAUAUCCAGAGCUAGUGUUGGAUAAGGCACUGGAUCGGGAGAAGCAGCAUGAGCUCAGUUUAACUCUCACAGCACUGGAUGGUGGGACUCCACCCAGGUCUGGGACCACGACAAUACGAAUUGUGAUCCUGGACAUCAAUGAUAAUGCCCCCCAGUUUUCUCAGACAAUCUAUGAGACCCAGACCCCAGAGAACAGCACAGUAGGAUCUCUUAUUGCAAAAGUCUCUGCAGGAGAUAUAGAUUCUGGAGUCAAUGCAGACAUAUCCUAUUCACUUUUUGAUGCUUCCGAAGAUAUACGAACAACCUUUCAAGUCAAUCCUUUUUCUGGGGAAAUUAUUCUCAUAGUGUUGCUUGAUUAUGAGCUAAUAAAGUCUUACAAAAUAAGUGUACAGGCAAUGGAUGGAGGGGGCCUUACUGCAACAUGUACAGUUUUGGUGGAGGUAUUAGACGUCAAUGACAAUCCCCCUGAACUGGUCAUAUCAUCACUUACCAACUAUGUUGCUGAGAACUCUCCUGAGACGGUACUCGCUGUUUUUAGAAUUAAAGACAGAGAUUCUGGAGAAAAUGGAAAGAUGCUUUGCUACAUUCAAGAUAAUCUGCCAUUCCUUCUAAAACCCUCUGUGGAAAAUUUCUACAUCCUAAUGACAGAAGGAGGGCUGGACAGAGAGAGUCAGGCCGAGUACAACAUCACCAUCACCGUCACCGACCUGGGGACCCCCAGGCUGAAAACUCAGCACAACCUCACGGUGACCGUGUCCGACGUCAACGACAACGCCCCGACCUUCAGCCAGACGACCUACACCCUGCGCGUCCGCGAGAACAACAGCCCCGCCCUGCACAUCGGCAGCGUGAGCGCCACCGACAGAGACUCGGGCGCCAACGCCCAGGUCACCUACUCGCUGCUGCCGCCCCACGACCCGCAGCUGCCGCUGGGCUCGCUGGUGUCCAUCAACGCGGACAACGGGCAGCUGUUCGCGCUCAGGUCGCUGGAUUUCGAGGCGCUGCAGGCGUUCGAGUUCCGCGUGGGCGCGGCCGACCGCGGCUCGCCGGCGCUCAGCAGCCAGGCGCUGGUGCGCGUGCUGGUGGCGGACGCCAACGACAACGCGCCGUUCGUGCUGUACCCGCUGCAGAACGGCUCGGCGCCCUGCACCGAGCUGGUGCCGCGGGCGGCCGAGGCGGGCUACCUGGUGGCCAAGGUGGUGGCGGUGGACGGCGACUCGGGCCAGAACGCCUGGCUGUCGUACCAGCUGCUCAAGGCCACGGAGCCCGGGCUGUUCGGCGUGUGGGCGCACAACGGCGAGGUGCGCACGGCGCGGCCGCUGAGCGAGCGCGACGCCGUCAAGCACAGGCUGCUGGUGCUGGUCCGGGACCACGGCGAGCCGCCGCUGUCGGCCAGCGUCACGCUGCACGUGCUGCUGGUGGACGGCUUCUCGCAGCCCUACCUGCCGCUGCCGGACGCGGCGGCGGCCGAGGCCCGCGCCGACCCGCUCACCGUCUACCUGGUGGUGGCCUUGGCGUGCGUGUCGUCGCUCUUCCUGUUUUCGGUGCUGGUGUUCGUGGCGGUGCGGCUGUGCAGGAGGAGGCGGGCGGCGUCGGGGGGCGGCUGCUCGGUGCCCGAGGGUCCGUUUCCGGGCCACCUGGUGGACGUCAGCGGCGCGGGGACCCUGUCCCACAGCUACCAGUAUGAGGUGUGUCUGACGGAAGGAUCUGGGACCGGCGAGUUCAAGUUCCUCAAACCCAUUAUCCCCAAUAUCCAGGCACAGAGCUCUGGGAGGAAUAGUGAAGAAAAUCCCACCUUUCGAAAUAGCUUUGGAUUUAAUUUUCAGUAAAAAUUCUUUUUGUAUUGUCAUUUACUUUUAAGUGUUGUACUAUAAUAUCCCUAUUAGUUUAGUUUCAAAACUCCUAGUUAUUGUGCCGGUUCAAGACUAAUUUUAAGUGCUAUCAAUCUGUUUCACAAUGUUAUUUCAUCCUUAUUCCCCUUAAUCAUUAGCUAGCUUUAAUUAGCAUCCUUUUCUAAAUAAUAGUUUUAAGGUUUAAUUAUUUCAAAAUUUGCAAGGAUUUAGUUAUUAUUUCUUAGCUAGAGAACAAGUUUUUACUUUUCUCCUAGUAUAUUUCAUAGACUAACCUCUUGAUCCAUUCACUUUGUACUUCCUUCAUGUAAGAAGACAUACCUUCACUUCUGACCUUCUCUAACAUUCUAUUUAAUCAUAUUUUUAAGAACCAUGUCAUCUAGCAUUUAAAAAGAAAUAUUUCUCUAUUACUCUGCUCAUGACACAGUGAGGUCAUUGUGUGAGUGAUAUUGGGCUCAUAAGAUAUCUUGUAGUCAUAUUAUUAUUUCAUUUUCCUUAAACACACUACUCUUACAGUUUUCUAGUGUUCACUUUUGCUGACACGUGUAAAAAUAGGUCAUGUCUUACAAUUCCAAGGAAAUGUAAUAAUCUGCAUGAAAAUGAAAAUAAAAACAAUUUGAAAAAUUUUGUGAGAAUAUUGGAUUGUUGGAAAGCUAAUCACUUUUCAUUUCAUUCU